AUGGCCGUCACGUCGUCCGGGUUGCCGCCGAAGUUGUUGAUGUACUUCUGCACCCACUCGAAGGCGUGCUGCGAGUCCCAGACGCACAGGUUGGCGUCGCCGCCUUCGUGCUGGUACGCCACGAAGACGAAGUCCGUGGACAGGUCGAAGAGACCCUCGGGCGUGUUCUGCGACUUAGAGCCGCCCGUGAAGCCGCCGCCGUACGUCCACACGAGUACGGGCAGAUUGCGUCCGACAGCGUCGGCAGGGGCCCACACGUCCAGGUACAGACAGUCCUCCUCGGACGAGCAGUCGACGUCAGCGUCCGCGAGGUUCGUACCGGUGUUGGUCUCCGUCUCGACGCCGGGCCACUCGGGCGCGGCGAACCGGAGGUCACCGGUGGGCACCUUAGCGAAUCGGAUGUUCUGGUACUUGUAG